CGAGGGGACUUUUCUUGGUUGAAUAUUUGUGUCUAUGUGCAGCAUGAGAGAGCUGGUAAUAUUAGCAGCUUUGGUCUCGGCUCUACAUGCAGCCAGCCUCCCAACAGGCACUGAUGAGCAGUAUAAGUGCCAAGAAGAUCAGGACAACAUUGCUACAGUAGAAGCAGAGAGGUUCAUUAAUGACCAUCACCGUCAUGGAUACAAAUUCAAAUUUGUUUCAUUGGACAGUCGCAGAGCAGAGGAGAAGUCUGAUCCUUGUGAAGUCAUCUUGGGAAUAAGCCUAGAGGAAACUGAAUGCCACAUUGUGAAUCCCAAACCUUUAGAUCAGUGUGAGAUCAGAAGGGAAACAGAGACGAAAGUGACAGCAAAAUGUAAUGUGACCAUCUCUAGUUUUGAGGGAAAAGCAACUGUGAAGCGUUACAUCUGUGAUACUGAACCAGCUUCUCAUGAAGUACUUGUGAAAAAAUGCCCUGAUUGCCCCAGUCUGCUGCCAUUGCAUGACCCGAAUGCUCUGGAAAGUGUGAAAACUGCCCUACAGAUUUUCAACAAAGAAUCUGAUCACAAGUCUUACUUUAAACUGAUGGAAGUGGGAAGGAUCAGCACACAGUGGAUGUUUUCAGGACAAAGUUUCUAUGCUGAUUUUGCCAUUACGGAAACUAACUGUACAAACAAGGAGGCAGCUCAGAAAGAAGAAGCAUGCAAGGCUUUAUGUGGGGUUCAGGCUCGCUAUGGCUUCUGUAAAUCCUCCAAGGUCGGAAAUGAGGAACCAAAAGUGGAAUGUGAGAUUUAUGAAGCUCAGAACAUAACUCAUCCAAUGAAACAUCCUGCUCAGUCAAGAAGAGACUGUAAAUUCCUUGGUCCCCCACUACCUGGUCAUAGGGGCCGCCCAGAUCAUGCAGGGCAUGACCACAAGGACAAAACUCCUGGUCAUAGGGACCGCCCAGAUCAUGCGGGGCAUGACCACAAGGACAAAAAACCUGACCAAAAAGGCAGCCCAGAACGCGCAGGCCAUGACCACAAGGACAAAAUCCCUGACCAAAGAGGCCGCCCUGAACACGCAGGCCAUGACCACAAGGACAAAACACCAGACCAAAGGGGGCGUCCAGAACAUGCAGGCCAUGACCACAAGGACAAAAAACCUGACCAAAAAGGCAGCCCAGAACGCGCAGGCCAUGACCACAAGGACAAAAUCCCUGACCAAAGAGGCCGCCCUGAACACGCAGGCCAUGACCACAAGGACAAAACACCAGACCAAAGGGGGCGUCCAGAACAUGCAGGCUAUGACCACAAGGACAAAAAACAUGAUCACAGGGCCCCUCCAGAACAUCCACACCACUGUCCAAAAGGUCCAUCAGGCAUUCCAGAAUCAGUGCCUGAGGGCCGCCAUGAGUUCCCAUGCCAUGGCUUUGUAAAAAUACCCCCCUCUAUUUAUCCAAUCUGCCCCUUUCCUCCACCACGUCUCUGCAGGGGCCCUCCAGACCUUGUACAGCUUGGUCCACCUCCUCCUCAGUAACUAACACUAACAUCUGUUAAGGAACGUUUAUAUUUCAUUCUAUGUCGCCAUGUUUCUGAAGGCAGACAUUAAAAAAUGAACAACACAAGAAUAUAAAUUUCUCCAGAAUGUUUAAUAAAUGUUCUCUACUGAC